GUGCCCCAGCGUCGUCACUGCUGCAGAUCCGCCAGCAGACGCAUUGUCCAAGGAGCGCGAGGAGUGCGACUACUACCCGUCCACUUCCUGGCCAGAUGCUCAACAGGAUGUCCUCAGAGACACGGAAGGCUCAACUUCCACUCCACACACACUCGAGGGAGAUCUGGAAAGCGAUUGCGACGGGGACGUCAGUUGGUGCAACGAGAAAGUGUUACAAGACAAGGUGCAGCAGCAGAAUGCCGAGCUCACAAGGCUGCGGCGCGAGAUCGCCGUGCUGAGGUCGCACGGAGCGAAUCCGCCUGAUGUGCAGGAGCUCUUGCAGCGCGCAAAGCUCUUCGUACAGGCCAAAGACUCUGCCAAAGACCUCCAGGAGCCGAAGGAUUUGCAGGACAAGGUGCAGCAGCAGAAUGCCGAGCUCACAAGGCUGCGGCGCGAGAUCGCCGUGCUGAGGUCGCACGGAGCGAAUCCGCCUGAUGUGCAGGAGCUCUUGCAGCGCGCAAAGCUCUUCGUACAGGCCAAAGUCAAGGACGUGCCGAAGCAUCUGCUGCCGCACUUCGCCACACUUGGACUGGAUCCGAAUGCCACAGCGGACGCUGUCAGGAAGCGGUACAGAUGGAUGGCAAUACAAUGCCAUCCGGACAAGUGCAGCCGGAAAGACGCCACCAAACAGUUUCAGGAUCUCGUCGUGGCGUACGAGGCAGUCGCGAAGCACUUGGCAUAA